AUGUCUCCGGCGAAUGAUCAGCAUGACGCCCUUACCUUGUUGAAUCCACCGGCAGUGCCCAGUCUCUUGGAUCUGCAUGAGCCGCCAACGUCCGCUCAUCUCCCAAUAAAUGCGGGCAUGAAUAUCUCAGGGAGCUCUACGAUUCCUGCCAAGACACGCGGGCUCUUGGAACAAAGGCGGAACCCGCCAACGUCCAGGGAACUGGCCGUCAGCACAGAUCGGACGCAAGGUGGAUCGUUCGUGGACCUGCAGAUCAUCCGUGUCCACAGCCCUUGUCAUCACAUCUCGGUUCAGGACCGAAGCAGGAUCAAGGCUCAUGCUAUGCGCCAAGUACACGAGAGAAGACGUACUUCGAAGAAAGGUCCUCUUUGGGCCUUAGCCGGCCAGGCGACUCAGAGAUCUACCGAGCUCCAGAUUCAACGCCCGAAAACCCAUGCUGACACAAAUGGCAACCCCAGCAGCCAAGGGACAGGUGCUCCUCUGGCGAUAUCAUCGCCGUUCGAACGUACAUCGCAGGGUGUCACUCUUGUCUGUGUUCAUUGCGGUCUUUCGAGAUUUCCCAGAAACCACGACUCUGACUACUUCGACAUCGAAUAUGACGGCUUGCCCAACGCUCCCUUGGCAGAGUCUUUUGAUGUUUUUGCUACCACUUUGGCACCGAUCACCCAUCGUGUUCAUGAAUUACUUAAUCACUACCUGGAAAUUGUUGCUCCUGUGUUAAAUCCCCCGCUCUACGGGACAACCAACAAAAGCGUGGCAGCGUUUACCUUGAUUGAUAUACUUAGGGGUAUGGUCAACGAUGAAGGUUGCAUGCACGCUAUCGUUGCAGACGCAGCCUGGGAAAUAUCUGCACGACGGCUUAAAAAUAACGAACUCGAAGAAGCUGCGCGAUCGCAACGGGAAGCUGGCUUUCACUUCUUCGAAGCUGUGAAAUUUUUGCAACGUAGAUUGGAAAAUUCGAAAGAAGCUCUGAGCUGUUCGACUAUUGUCACAAGCUGCCACCUGGCAGGAGUUGCGGUAGGUUACACUUUAGGCGCUUUCGCUUACCAAGAUGUUGACGGAGAACGCAUUCCACAGACCAAGGGCGGCAAGGAACAGUUCGCUGCGCAUCACAACGGCAUCAUCAGAAUGGUUCAAAUGAGAGGAGGAAUUGACACACUUCCUCGUCAGGCUGCAUACCAUGUCUCAAAAGGUGAUGGUCUAAUGGCUUGGAUGCGGAACAAGCCUCCAUUUCUGCCGCUGUUCAGAAGCAGGUUUUAUCGCGGAGGCAAAUUGACAGCCGAAGCAAAGACAAUGAUUCAGACCUUUCGCAAAUCAACCGUGGACGAUCAUCUUCAGGAGUUUUUGGGUGAACAUCUCGCAGGUGUGGAAGACUGCUUGCAGAAUCUAACGCAGUUGGUCGAGCUCAACAGUCAUUCUCCCCGCAGAGUCACAUCGGCGAUGAGAGAGUUUGGAGAGGACACUUAUGCCAAAGUACAGCACAACAUUGUAUCGUUUUCAAUUUCGCCGAGGGAUGUCAACGUCUCGCCACAUGGCCAUCGUCAGGACGCAUGGCGAGUAGCGGCUCUUAUCUAUCUCAACAGCGCUAUUCGAAGAGCCCCCUCGAAGUACCUGCUACAGUCGAUGACCGCACGGCUGGUUGCAGCACUACAGUCCUCGGAUAUGGCUACCCUCUGGGGAUCCCACCGCACAGUUUUGUUUUGGGUCCUCUUUAUUGGGUAUCUCGGAUCCAACGGGCAAACGGAACAAAUCUGGUUCGCAGUCAAAAUACACCAAGUGGUCCAGGCAGAAGGGUUCCAGACGCUGGGUGAGAUGCGAACGGUUCUCAGGAGGUUUCUAUACCGAGAUAAUAUGUAUGAUAGGCUACUCAAGGAUCUAUGUGGAGCCCACCUUGACAUGCCCCUGCCCAGCUGUCCCUGA